AUGGCGGAAGUCACCGCGCCCGGCCCAGCGAAGAAUCUCUUCCAGAUAUGUUUCACGUGUCGUGAUAUGAUGAACGACCAGGUCUACUCGGAAUCAUUGAGUGCAGUCACGCGCUCGUGGGAAAUAUUCAUUAAUCUUUGUCGUCAUCGUCAAUCCAACUUGCUUAGAUCUCAACCAACAUUUGAACGUGAAAGGAUGCACACGUCCCUGUUGCAGGCGUUUUUCGAUCUCCCCGGUCACAUUGUGGCGGCAUUACAAGACCCGGGGUUUGAUCUUCGAGCACCUCGUAUUCACACCCCCAUCGCCUCCACUACCUACGCAUCAACACCCCUGGAGCGCCCUCUCACUGAAGGCCAGCAAAAACGAGUUGUCAAAAGAAAUAAGGCGGCCAACAACGCCCGGGCAAAAAAACGUCAGAAAGAAUCCAAGGCGGCCGACGCGUAUGUUCGCGCUCGGGCCCACAGCAAACUCAUUGACAAAUCGGCUCCGGCGCACUGCGACCUUCAAACGGAAAACAUCCCUGUUUCCAGCACGGGUUACAUAGCCUUGAACCAAGGGCCUACGUCGGAUAGGGCGUAUACGUUGGAAGAUCUGGUGGGAGAGCAGUCCGAAUACAAGUUCCGGUUGAUCAAGCACACAGGCGAAUCUACUCCGAUUGUCGAUGCGAGUAACCAUGUCAUUGGGGUAAUUGCAAACCACCCUAACGACCCCUACUGGCAAGAUCUUCAGCGCCAGGCCUCUGCUGCCAUUGAGGCUCGACGCGAUCGGUGUUGCAUCCCAAUCGAGGACGAAACUCAUCGUCGAGGAGCCUUCAUUUCUCUCAAUUGUGGCGUAUCACACGGAGGUGGUCGAAAAAUGCCGGGCAACGUUAAGAAUUCCAAGCCAAACGCCGAAGUCCUGGCCGAGUUAAACGCAAUGGAACCGUUCCAGAGAUUCUCCAGUUUCGCAUCAUCUGUCAUGUAUACGUGGGCAAACCAGCUCUAUCAGUACUAUGCCACAACGCUUUCAAAACUACAUUCCAAGCACCCCAAGCUCCGUCGCAUCUUCCCUGACAGCAUCUUUAGUGCUGUGUCGUAUAAUUUUGGCCCAUGGACAACCUGCUUCCAGCACAAGGAUUUCGCAAACCUUGCGUUUGGCUGGUGCGCCGUAACCGCCCUGGGAGACUUCGACUACACAGCAGGAGGCCAUUUGAUAUUAUGGGAGCUUAAGAUUGUCAUCGAGUUCCCACCUGGGUGCACCAUUUUAUUCCCCUCAGCCCUGAUUACACAUUCCAACGUGCCCAUCAAGGAAACAGAACGUCGCUAUUCAUUCGCGCAGUACACAGCGGGCGGAAUCUUUCGAUGGGUAGAGAAUAACUUCAUGACGCGUGAGCGUUAUUUGGCGAAGCUGACUCGAGAGCAACGUGCGCAAGACGAGGAAGCUAACGCAACACGAUGGAAGUUGGGAUUGUCUCUGUUAUCUACGUCAAAUAAUGCCAAAACCACUGCAUAG